AUGGGCUCGAGCUCCUCCAAGCCCGCCGUGGGCCAGUCAUCACACACCUGGAAGGCAUCUUCCCCAGUAGGCGUCUCGCAAGAUGUCGUCGAUUCGCUUCAGAACAGCAGCGAGACCGACACCUCGCGCGCCCAGAACCUCAAACUCGCCAUCCAAAAACGCGUCGCCGCGGAGCUGAAGAAGCUGUCGGCCGAGGAAAGCGCCGCGCUCAAGACGGCCCAGGAGAAGGCCUCCGAGGUACUCUCCCAGGAAGAAGGGAAGGAGACGGGCCUCAGCAACCAGGCGGUGUCGAAGGAGGUCGAGGCCCUGCGCGCGCGCCUCGACAAGCGCAAGCAGCUGCGGACCCUGCCGGAGAGCGUGGAGACGGCGCGCGGCGAGGUCGUGCGCUGCCUCAUGGAGAAGGACCGCCGGCCGCUGGACUGCUGGAAGGAGGUCGAGGCGUUCAAGGAGGAGGUGCGGCGGCUGGAGAGGGGAUGGGUCGAGAAGGUCGUGCGAUGA